AGUUUCGCUAAAGCUUUCAAAUGGGAAACAGGUAGGAUUGAAAUAAAGAUCAUACACGAGUCGAAAACGUGUAACGUUAUUGAAAAUAGUUAGAAGAAAGAAUGGCACAUGAUGAAGCAAGUAGCAGAAAAGGUUCCAGGUUACAUGGGAAUGGAUGGAUGGGUUGGGGAGAAAAAGAAAUCAGUUGCUUGAAGUUACAGAAUCUGGUGAGGCCUAAGAGGACAAAAACAAAUUUAAGGCUGUUUUUAUGGUGUAAGCAGUAACCUAUGGUUUUGGUUCCAUGCAAAAUACACACAUCAAUAUCAUUCUCAUUCUCAUUCUCAUUGAUCUUUUGCUUUUGCUUUUUUCAAUGCAAAAGAUUUUUUUUAGAACUUUCUGUUAUUGAAUCAUCUUCUUCUUCACUCAUCAACUCUAUAUAAUGGCUUCUCCACUCUCUAAACCACUCAGCCCCUUUAGCUCACACAAAGAAACAGAAAGAGAGAGAGAAGAGAGAGAGAAGAGAGAGAGAGAGAGAGAGCUAAGUGCGAGAGCUAUGGCUGCUGCUGCUGCUGAUUUCUUGCCCCCUUUGGUUAUGCUGGUCGUCCAAUUCCUAUAUGCAGGUUUGAAUAUUACAUCAAAGUUAGCCAUGGAGUUUGGAAUGAAUCCACUGGUUCUAGUUGCUUACAGGCAGAUGUUUGCUACCAUAGCCAUAGCUCCUUGUGCUUACUGGUUUGAGAGAAAAGGAAGACCCAAGAUUACAAAGCCUAUCCUGUUUCAGAUUCUACUCUGUUCCUUAACAGGGGCAACAGGAAACCAAGUCUUUUACUACGUAGGGUUAAAAUAUUCAACCCCGACUAUCGCAUGUGCAUUGACCAAUGUUCUGCCUGCUGCAACUUUUGUCCUUGCUGUUCUUUUCAGACAAGAAUCUGUGAGGAUCAAAACAAGUCCAGGUGCAGCAAAGGUGAUUGGGACUGUCGUGUGUGUCGGAGGAGCGAUGUUGCUGUCAUUUUACCGUGGGCAAACCAUUGAGCUUGGUGAAUCUGGAAUACAUUGGAAGUAUGCCGGGUUAAUGAGGGGGGGAAGUUCAAGCAACCAAGGCAGCAGCAUAUGGGGCUCCCUCUGCUUGAUCAUAAGCUCUGUUGCUUGGGCGGCUUGGUUUGUUAUCCAAGCAAGAGUGAACGAGAAGUUUCCAGCUCCUUACACGAGCACCGCUCUCAUGACUUUCAUGGCAACCAUUCAGUGUGGAGCAAUUGCCGUAGGAAUUGAGCAUAAGACUCUUGCAGCUUGGUCAUUGAAAAGUUCAAUCAGGCUUGUCGGCGCUCUCUAUGCGGGAGUGGCAUGCUCUGGGAUGGCAUUUUGCUUAACCUCUUGGAGUAUCCAAAAGAAAGGUCCUCUCUAUGCUUCAGUUUUCAGCCCCUUCUUGCUCGUUAUUGUGGCUAUUUUCAGCUGGGCCUUUUUUCAAGAAAAAUUAUACGUCGGCACUGUUGUAGGGUCAUUGUUGAUUGUUGUUGGGCUAUAUGCUGUCCUAUGGGGAAAGACGAAAGAGGUGAAACUACAACAACAUAUUGAAAUGACGGCGGCAGCAGAAGCGAAGCUAGAUGACUAUAAUAACAAAGAAGACUUGGAAGAACAGUCCUAUGUUGUUUCAAAUGGCAAUAUUCUCCACAAGUAAUAGCUAACAGAAAGGAGUAAGAAAGCUAAAUAUAGCUUGGUGUGGUAUUUGAGAGUUGUGCUGAGAAUACAGAUUUGUCCAUCCACUUUCAACAGAUAGAGUUAAGUGUUUAAAGGAUACGUGCAUCCUUUUUCAUGAAAUGAAAAUUUUACGUUGUUCAA